AUGUCUUCCCCAACGGCCCCCCGCAAGCUGACGACGGCGGAGAGCUUCAUCUGUGGCGGAAUAGCUGCCUGCGUGGCGGUCACUAUUUCCAACCCAGCCGAAGUCGCCAAGACUCGCCUGCAGUUGCAAGGCGAGCUCGGUGCCUCACAGCGCGUGUACAAUAACGUCUUCGAUGUGUUCACCAAGACAUGGCGGAACGAGGGUAUCCGCGGAUUACAGCGAGGGCUUGGUCCUGCAUAUGUCUAUCAAAUACUGCUCAAUGGCUCGCGACUUGGCUUCUACGAGCCGUUUAGGCAUAACCUGAACAAGCUCAUCGGCCGUGACGCCUCUGAACAAAUCCCCAUAACAUCAGUCAUCGCUGGCGCUUCUAGCGGUGCUGUCGGCGCAACAUUGGGCAACUCAUUAUAUCUUGUCAAGGCCCGCAUGCAGGCCUAUUCUCCCUCGCUUCCAGUCGGCACGCAACAUCACUACAAGAAUUCUUUCGACGCGCUAUCUACCAUAGUACGCAAGGACGGUGUUCGCGGACUUGCGCGCGGCAUCGACGCUGCCAUUCUACGGACAUCCAUGGGCUCGUCCGUCCAGCUACCAAGUUACAACUUCACGAAGACGCAGUUGGUGAAGCAUGGAUUGUUGCCAGCAGAUAGCACCUGGACCUUUUUGGCGAGUAGUACGGUCUCUGGGAUCUGUGUCUGCAUCGUCAUGCAACCUGCCGACACUGCUCUCACACGAGUCUACAACCAACCGACCGUGAAGCUACCCAACGGCAGAUCAGUCGGCGCACUGUACAAAAAUCCCAUAGACUGCUUGUGGAAGACUUUCAAGGCUGAGGGCCUGAAGGGCUGGUAUAAGGGUUCCACUGCGCACUUCUUCCGUAUAGCACCUCACACAAUCGUUACGCUCACCGCAAACGACAUCAUACUGGGACUGUACAAGAAAGCCAUACAUAACGGGCCCUAA